UUAGAAAUUUACACAAAUUUGUUGAAUUAAUGCAAAUGCAAUUAGAAAAUAUUUAUUUCUAUGUGAUAGAUAAAUUUUUAAAAAAUGCUUGUAUUUUGUUGAUAAUUUGGAAAAUGUAAAGACUGAGCGAAAUUGAGUAUGCAAUUGAAAUGAUAGCAUCGAUUAUGAGAGAAAUAUUUGACGAUACGUCUAAGAGUCAAGUUGUUUGUGAUUGUAGCUUAAAAUGGGAGGUAAAAUUUCUCCUAAGGCUAAAUAAUAGCGAGAGACCGAUAGCGAGCAAGUACCGUGAGGGAAAGAUGAAAAGAACUUUGAAAAGUUAAAUAGCGCGUGAAAUU